ACCUACAUGUCAGGGAGUCGUAGGUGCGAUCAUGUCUAUGUCAAAUGCCUAAAAUCACAAAGGAGGUUCAAGAUACUCAUUAUUUUGUGUAAUGCUUUAUUAUUAUUAUUAUUAUUAUCAUUAUUAUUAUUAUUCCUGCCAAACAUGGUGCAAAACUAGAAAGACAUAACACCAAAGGCUGCUACCUGACGACUCGAAAGCUUGCUACGGAGGAGAGACAGCACAAAGGUGGAUGAAGUUUCCAGGCUACUGUAGGCCUAUGUGACCUUGAGAAGAUGGAUGAGAUCAAUCAGCAGAAUAUGAACAUGAGGCACAAACAAGCUUGCAUCAAUCUGGAAAAGGCCACUCAAUUUAUCACUCAAGCAUUACAGCAUGAAGUAGGUCAAAACCAGGAGCUCUGCAUGUUGAUCCGCCGCUUGGAGGAGAGAGAGGUGGAGAGUGAGAGGAGGCUGACGGAGCAUGCACAGUCAAACCGACAGCUGACGCUGAAGAUUGAAGAACUACAGAAACUCCUGGAGGAAAAAGAUAACUCACUCACACAAGCCAAUCAGACUGUAGCUCUGCUGGAUAAUGAACUGAAGGACCUGUAUCAACAGUUCCAGUCCCAAGAUUCAAGUGAACAUCGGACAUUUCAGGAAGUGAAUGAAUGUCUGCAGGACUGGGAGAGCCACCUCAAAGUACAGGGUUCGCUGGACUUUUCUGACUCGGAGAGGCUGGAGGGUCUCGAGGUGGAGAUUAAAGAGGAAGCAGCAGCUGAGGAUGAUGGCUUUGGAGAGUGCAGCCAGCAGGAGGAAACUCACUCCAGAUCAGAAUACUGUAUCUCCACAGAUACAGAUAUGAAAACGGAAAUUGUCCAGGACAAGCAAAAGAAAUCAAACAGAAAUCCAGUCGUGUCCCCUGAGACGCACCUGUCCAGUACAGAGCCUGGGUCUCUGGCCCAGUUUAAGGACGUGUCAGUGGUGCUGGUGGACUGCUCUUGGAGGUACAAACAGCGAGGAACGGACGAAGAGGACAAAAAAGAUGACCAGCGUAAAGGGACAUCCAACGCAUCAACUUCACCUCCCUCUGGGUUACCGGAUGUCCGCAGUAUCCAGCAGACAUCCCCCUCCUCCAUCUCUCCCACCACCGAGACCGAGGAGAGGUUCGAAUGUGUCUCUGACGUGCGUAAGAAAACAUUCCUGUACGGCCCAACACUAGGGACGCACCGGCAUGGGAACGCGGCAGGAAUGCCUUACGCCUACUCCGUCCGUGGCGAGAACUUCACAGUGUUUCACAGCCUCCACUCUGGGAAGAAACAGUACCUGUGCAGCAUCUGUGGCAAGAGCUUCACCACCGAGAUGAACCUCAAGAGACACCAGUGGACUCACACGGGACAGAGCCCGCACACCUGCGUCCAGUGCAACAAGAGCUUCACGAGACGGCUGACCCUUCUGGAACACCUGCGUGCCCAUACAGGGGAGAAACCACACCAGUGCACCACGUGUGGUAGACGGUUCGCCGCGUAUAAAAAUCUCAGGAUGCACCAGUGGACCCACACAGGGUGGAGUCCGUACACAUGUCCGCAGUGUGGGAAGGGUUUCCCACGGCGUGAUCGCCUCAAGGACCAUCAGCGCAUUCACUUCAGGGAGAGACCCGUGCCAGAAAAACCCAUCCAUCAGUCAUAAGUUAACAUUUACAAAGAGUACAAUAACCCAUGAAUUGUAAAAUAUGCAUGUCUUUAUUUCAUUAUAUAUUCACAUCACAAACAUUUACAAAGAAUACAAUAACCCAUGAAUUGUAAACUAUGCAUUUGUUUAUUUCAUUAUAUAUUCACAUCACAAACGUUUACAAAGAAUACAAUAACCUAUGAAUUGUAAAACAUGCAUGUGUUUAUUUCAUUAUAUAUUCACAUCACAAAGCAAAUCAAUUUCGCACAGAGUAGGCUAAUGUGAAGUGUCUCAGCACCUCAUAACAAACUUGUGGGAAAAAAAUAGGACAUUGAAGUAACACACUAAUGACACAAAAUUUGUAGAAGCAGUGUACAACAUCCUGGUAAAUCUACUAU